UGAGUGCAGCCUCUGAUAAGUCAAACAGCCAAUCACAGUUUAGGAUUUUAGGAUGGCCACUGGGCUGCCCCCCCUAGUCAAAGCUAAAAUAAACAUGUUUAGGAUUUCACCUGUGUAGCGGAACCCGUGGACGAAGCCUCCAGCAGAUGCGCGGUAGUCUCUGGAGUGAGCGGCGGUUCCCAGCACGAACAAGCCGGGUGUGCUCUUCCCUUCGUACCAGGCGGUCACACCCGGCAGCCUCCCUUUGGCGUUGUCACUGUUUGGUGGGCAGGCGGAGCUGGACAGAGGUUAUAACAACAAAAUCAAUGAGAGGUGAUAAGUUCACUGGACAGUAAAAUAACCUGUCAUGUCGCGUGUCUUCAUACCUGUCAAAGACGCUGAAGUUGAAUCUGAAUCCAAGGCAGCGAAUCACACGGUCGUACGGCUUCCUCAUGGAGAAGUUAUCGUUGUGAAACCCCGGCAGUUCUUCUCCCGUCACAUCAGAGCCGUUCUUCUCCUCCUGGUUCUGUAAGUACUUAUUUAAAGUCAAGUAUAACUUCCUCUUCUUCUCCUUCUUCUUCCCAGCAGCUCUUCUGCUUUGCUCCUUUCUCUGAGCGAUGACUAUUUUCUCCAAGUGUGCCUCGACCAACCCGUCCAGAGACUUCAGCUGGUACGUGUCCAGCAGCUCGUUAUUCACGGCCCUGAGGAGGAACACAGAGAGGGUAACAGACUCUGAUGUAAGUCGAGUUCUUCAGAAAAGAACUGAGAUUAACUCCACAAGACAGCGACGUAAAGGGAAGGUGUGAAGGAGCUUUAUCUUGUGUGCACAACACCUCCUGAGAAUUCUCUUUUAUGAUCAGCUGCCUCAGUCCAGGUCAUCAGAGACCCGUAUAAAAGAGGCCGGACUGAGCUGAGAGGACACAGAGGACUGCUGGACUCAGAAGAGACGACAAGAAGCUCCAGAUCAACGAGAGGAGACUUUCAUCUGUAACAGAAAUGGAGAACAUGAAGAGUGCCAGGAAAUACGAUGAAGGAGACGUUGGAAGUGAUUUAUCCGAGCAGAUUAAAGUUGCCACUAAAGACACUCACGUCCGCGCUGAGAACACGGCCCUGAUGCUGAGUUACCAGAAGGGUCAGAUCACCCUGCCGCAGUACAAGGUGCUGCUGUGUUCCCUCUAUGAGAUCUACAAAGCACUGGAAGAGGAGAUGGAUAGAAAUUCAUCCCAUCCUGCUGUGGCGCCGAUAUACUUCCCUCAGGAGCUCGCCCGCCUGGAGACGCUGGAGAGCGACCUGGAGCAUUUCUUCGGCUCGGAGUGGAGGACGAGGGUGAUCGUACCUGCAGCCACACACAGAUACCAACAGAGGCUACGGAAGAUCGGCAAAGAGCGCCCCGAGCUGUUGGUCGCCCACGCCUACACUCGCUACCUCGGGGAUCUAUCGGGAGGUCAAGUGCUCGGGAAAAUUACCCAGAAGUCCCUUGGGUUGAGCGGCAAUGAGGGGCUCUCGUUUUUCUCCUUCCCCGGCGUGUCCAGCCCGAACCGCUUCAAGCAGCUUUACCGGAGCCGCAUGAACAGCAUCGAGGUGACGGAGGACGAGAAGAAGGAGGUGCUGGAGGAGGCUGUCGCUGCCUUCGAGCUCAACAUUCAGGUUUUUGACGACUUGCAGAAAAUGUUGAGCAUCACAGCAGAAACCGCGGACAGAUCGGAGGGCGACGCCCUGAAGGCUUCAGUGUUCCCGUCCUCACCCAUGAUGCAGUUCGCCGUAGGAGUGUGCGUCACGCUGACCACGAUCGGAUUAGGGAUGUAUUCGAUGUAGACAUGUUUUAAAGUUACGCACGUUCAGCACUUUACUAAUCACUCCAUGUUUCUGAAUCCUGACUUGUUUUUGUCCCCUCUUUUUAGAUCAGUGUUUAUUUUUAACCUUUUGUAAUUUUUAUGAUCUUU